AUGCGCACACAACUGACACUUCUGUGGGUGCUGCUUGGACUGGCAGUUUUGUCAGCCUCUUCUGUUCAGCCCCCAGACAGAGCUGCCUUGGCGGUGAAGACAGAUGACCUCACGCACGAUGACGAGGAGGAGCCGCCUUUGCUCGAGGACAAGGUCCUGGCCCCAGCUCGGAUUUCGCUGAAGCCCAAUUUGCGCAAUGUAGGACCAGCAGUAAAAUGCGCCUGGAAUGGCACCAAGAACUUCGGCAGACGUGCCUGGAAUGGAACAAAGAACUUCGGCAGACGCGCCUGGAAUGGCACCAAGAAGGUCGCCAAAUGGCUCGCCGAAAAGCUCGAAAUAAGCAUCGAUCUGGACAUGCCUAAUAAUAAUGGCACAAAGUAA